GUCCCACCUUUUGUAAAAACUGUUCAAAGUGGUCAUUUUCGCUAACAGCGUUAAGUUCAUUAACCGCAGAUGUGUCAGGUGUCUAAUACCUGCUGAUUUGGCAUUGUUAAUUGUUUUUUAAAAAAUAUAUAAUAAUGACGUGGAAAUUAAAUUAAUUAGGGUUGGAUUAGUGAAGGAUUUAGGGGUUGGCUCGACGCCGGCAACAACACCUGUCCCGCAACCAUGCAACUCCUCAAAACCAAAGACUUUGUUCCCAACCGAACUCUGCAAAGCCUCAUCCAGAUCUGGUCCGAUUCCCUUCGCCAUUCAACUAUCCUCUCCCCUGACCAGGUCCUCCUAACCGUCUCUCAAUUGGAAACCCACUCUCUCCGCUCCGCUUCCCUCACCAAACUGCUCCUCUUCGCCACAGAUUCUCACCAUAACAAACUCUUCCUUUCCAAACUAGAACCCUUGCUCAACCAACUCAUUCGUUUCCUCCACAAUGUCGACGGAGGACUCAUCGCCAGAGCUAACAUUCAAUUUCUCGAACAAGUCGUCCUUCUUUGCUCAAAGGAAACAAACAAAGCCUAUUCUCUGCUUCUUGUUCUGCAACGAGGAGGCUGCGAUUCGAGAUUCGCCUCCGCCAGGGUUUUGCAGUUCAUCGCCGCAGACGUCGAGUCGAAGAUUUUAGUAGCCGAGAAGGAAGGCGUUGUUGCGGAAUUGCUGAAGUCGGCGGCGCCGGAGAACGAUCCGGCGCUGGUCGAGGCUGCGCUGACGAGCCUAAUCGCGAUUUUCGCGCCGAAGCGGAACAAACUGAAGCUGGUGAGUCUCGGCGCGGUGAGGGCGCUGUCGAGGCUGUUGGCGGAGGCGGAGCUGGGAGCGGUAGCGGUGGAGAAGGUUCUGAAACUGGUGGAGGCGGCGUCUUCGACAAGGGAAGGGCGGAAGGAGAUAUGCGAGGACGCGGCGUGUGUGGCGCGGUGCUAAGCAAAAAAUUACCCCAACAUCCUUCUCUAAUCCAACC